AUGGACAAAUACGCCCCCAAAUUUAGCAAAGUUCUGUUGACACCCGAACCACAUUACAUACCAGGGUAUGCAGGGUAUUGCCCACAGCUGAAGUACAAUGUUGGGAAGUCCUAUGGUCAGCUCACAGGCGAGCUGCUCACCAGGCCUGAGGUGCACUACUCCAACCGCCUGCUCCACCACACAGAUCACAUCCCCCCUGCAAAGUGUGACCCCAGUCUGACACCGAGAAGCAACCCUGAAAGUAACUUGAAGAAUAUGAUACCAGGAUACACAGGCUUCAUCCCAAAGAGGCGGAACUACUUUGCCUGCAGCUACUCUGAAACAUGUCAUAAAGCAUUGUCUGAGUUUUACCAUGAUAAGUGUGAAAAAAUCCAACGGAAAUCAUCAGACCUGCCAGCUGUUGUCAACUACACCAACCAACAGCUUAAAAGGCCAAACCCCCCCCUCACAGCAAUCUCCAAUAAAGUGAUCUCCUACAAGCCCCUGAAACCCUUCACCCCCAUUGGAAAACCAUAUUUCAUGGAUGACCAUAACCCGCAGAAGUACUUCAUGUCAGGAUUUACAGGGCAUGUGCCGAAAUCUCGCUUCCUAAUUGGCAAAGGUUACCCCAUCACUACCAACCAGGCACUGAUCCAGUUUGGGAAACAGCAGGAGGUUGACCCAUCCUCCAAACACGCCCCAGUGUGGAAGGACAGUACAGUACCUCCCAUGCCUACCAUCUAUCCAUCAAACAGGGGUGUGGUGCCAUCGUUCACAGGGCAUAUCCCAGGAUACCAAUUCAUGUAUGGACAUACCUUUGGUCAACUUUCCCAAAAUGCACUGGAAAAGAGUGGCAUCAAGAGAAUCCCUCAAGCAAAGUCAUAA